UAAUCUUUGAAGAGGGUUGUACAUUUCAGCCAAAAGGGUGAAAUCAAUUUAAUUAAAAAGAAUGAGAGACCCUGACAUGAUCAUCACCGGAAGCAAAGUCUUUGGGUUUGAAUUUGCGAGUGUUAUUAAUAUAGGUUUUGCAUCGUAGUCAGGAAAUUUAUUUCGCUUUUGGAAAACAAAGGAAGUAUAGUUGUUAUUUUUGUUGUUUGUAUUGGUUUGAAGGGGUUGUUUUGUGUAUAAAAACCUGGCGAUUUUGAAUACCAUCCACUGCUGCAUUUGGUUCGUCAAGAAAUGGGGGGUAGAUGGACCCCUAUUGGAUUCCGAUUACUGCGGUUCUUGGUUUUGAUUGUGAGUAUUGAAAUUCAAGGGUCUUGGUCUCUCAAUGCCGAAGGAUUGGCUCUCUGGGAAUUCCGGGCAAGGGUGAAUUGGGAUCCUUAUGGUGCCUUUGCCAAUUGGAAUCAAAAUGACCGCAAUCCUUGCCUGUGGUCAGGUGUUCAUUGUCUCAACGAUAAAGUGACAAUGCUGGAUUUGAAAGAGCUUUGUUUGGAAGGAACAUUGGCCCCUGAGCUUGGGAUGCUUAUACACUUAAAAAUUCUUAUUCUCCAGAAAAACCGUUUCUCUGGUGCCAUUCCUAAAGAGUUUGGAGAGCUUACAAAGCUGGAGCUUUUGGAUUUGAGGAACAAUAAGUUGAGUGGAACAAUUCCAGUAGAAGUAGGUGGGAUGCUGUCACUAAAACGCAUGUUGCUUUGCAAUAAUAACUUUGAAGGCAGCAUUCCUCUGGAGCUCACAAGGCUGAACGUACUCUCUAAACUGCAAUGUGAUGAAAACCUUUUAUCUUCUGUUUUUGCUGGAAUUGACUGCAUAAAUAGGAAGUUUGGACACUGCAUUUGGCAUAGCAGUUUCAAGCAACUGAAUAAGGCAGAAUCAUUUCUUAGCCCAAUUAAGGGAGUUCUCACUCGUUAUCUCAAUAUCUUGCCACUGCCAGUGUUGAAGCUUGGAAAAGACUCUCUGGGUACUUAUGCAGACCAUUGCUGCACUUACCAGCCUGGUUCAUCUGAGACACAUAUGGUUCGGUAUAUGCAGAAUCUUGUCAAUGUUGCACGUCGUAGGCUACAUGAACAGUCCAGUAACCUCCCUGCUGCACCUGCCACCGGUGAGCCUUCCUCCGACCACAUCAUUGCUCUUCCAACUGCCCGAAGUAGUGGAACUUUCCCUGCUAUACCAAAUGCCAAAAAGAAACAUUAUCCUUCACCUGCACCUACACUGCAGCCUUUGGAUGACGCUGGUUCAAAAUCUCCAAGGAGUGACAUUACAAUUAACCAGCCUUCCCCGAGUCCUCCGUCUCUGUCUUCAGAUGCCAGUGGGAGCAUAUGGAGGUAUGUUUAUAUUGUUCCUAGUGGAGCAGCUUUAUUCAUAUUUGCUGCUGCCAUGGUCUUCAUGUGCCGAACCCGAGCGGUGAGAACCAUUGGUCCGUGGAAGACUGGACUAAGUGGACAGUUGCAGAAAGCUUUUAUUACAGGGGUUCCCAAGCUGAAUCGAUCAGAACUGGAUACAGCUUGUGAAGAUUUCAGCAAUAUCAUUGAUACCAUUGACGGUUGCAUUAUGUACAAGGGAACGCUAUCCAGUGGAGUUGAGAUAGCUGUUGCAUCAACCACAAUUACUUCUUCCAAAGACUGGCCAAAGAGCUCAGAGAUGGUUUACCGGAAACAGAUAGAUAAAUUGUCACGAAUUAACCAUAAGAACUUUGUCAAUCUCAUUGGCCGCUGUGAGGAGGAUGAACCUUUCAAUAGGAUGAUGGUGUUUGAAUAUGCUCCAAAUGGGACUGUCUUUGAGCAUCUACACGUCGAAGACAUGGAACAUCUUGACUGGAAUGCAAGAAUGAGGAUUAUUAUGGGAACAGCUUAUUGUCUUCAAUACAUGCACCAUGAUCUGGAUCCACCGGUAGCACAUACCAACUUAACUUCAAGUUGUAUCUUUUUGACAGACGAUUAUGCUGCUAAGGUAGCAGAGACAAGUUUUUCUUCACAAUCUGUACUCCAGUCAAAGGUCUCAAGUGAAAUGAGUAUAGGGAAAUCUGAAUUGCCUCCUCUGGCUGAUCCAGAAACUAAUAUAUACAGUUUUGGCAUAUUAUUGCUUGAACUCAUUUCUGGAAGGCUCCCAUACUCAGAUGAACAUGGGCCCAUAGAGCAAUGGGCUGCUGAAUAUUUGGACUACAAGGAAAGCAUCAGCGACAUGGUUGAUCCGAGCCUCAACUCAUUCAAAGACAAUGAACUUGAUGUCAUCUGCGAUGUUAUCAACGAGUGCAUCCAACCAAAUCCUCGGCAUAGACCAACGAUGAAGGAUAUAGUUGCCAAAUUGAGGGAAGGGAUCAGUAUCUCGCCUGAUCAAGCCACCCCAAGACUUUCUCCCCUCUGGUGGGCAGAACUUGAGAUCCUAUCUGCAGAGGCAACUUAAGUUCCUGUCUGACUCUCUUCUUUGUGUUGUAAGUCAAGUCUCCUAUUACUUUUGAGUCUAAAUGCAAAGAGUAGUUUUUUGCUCCGUAAUUCCACCAACACAACUAUAUGCUGCCAAUUCUUGUUUCUUAAUCUUUUUUGCUCUCCAUGAUUUCAUCUAUACAUAAAAUAUAAUAUAUAAUGUCCCAUGAUUGAUUCAUUCUUAUUCCAUUUUUUCCCACCAUUUCUGUUUAGCUUUCCAUUACAUUAAGUGUGCUAUAAUUUUCUUUAAAUUGGGUUGUGUUCCCUGUUUAUACUAGACAUAUGUAUCUUGUGAUACGUUUGUGUGAUGUAAAGAACUGACUUAGCACUGGGA